AUAAAAAGGAUAAAAAAAGAUCUCUUCCACUUAUAUUAUCCCUUUCUCUCAUCUUCUAUAAGCAGAAAUUAAACUUCACUUCUCUCUCUCUCUUUGCCUCACCAUUUCUGCUCACAAGUGUUUGUUAGAUUUGUUCUGAAAAAGAUGAAUCUAUACCUUUUAUAGUAUCAAUCUCAUCAUCACAACCAGCUAAGUCUCUCUCUCUUUCUCACUUUUUUUUCUCUCUAUUUGCUUCAAUUAUUGAUCUUAGCUCACGAUCUACAAAAAAAAAGAACCCUAAUCUUUCUUUGAUUAGAAGAAAAAAAGAACCCUAAAUCAAGAUUCCAUCUUCUUCUACUUUUCCAAAAUCAAUAACAAGGAAAAAAACCAUGGAUUUGAUCUCUCACCAACCAAACAAGAACCCUAAUUCCUCAACACAAUUAACACCACCUUCUUCAAGCCGGUACGAGAACCAGAAACGCCGUGACUGGAACACUUUCUGUCAAUACCUCCGGAACCACCGUCCUCCGCUCUCUCUCCCGUCGUGUAGCGGCGCACACGUGCUCGAGUUCCUCCGCUACCUCGACCAGUUCGGAAAAACAAAGGUUCACCACCAGAACUGUGCCUUCUUCGGCCUCCCUAACCCUCCUGCUCCAUGUCCUUGCCCUCUCCGGCAAGCUUGGGGCUCACUCGACGCUCUCAUCGGCCGCCUCCGCGCCGCCUAUGAGGAGAACGGUGGCCCUCCUGAAGCUAACCCAUUUGGCUCACGCGCCGUCAGGUUAUUCCUCCGUGAAGUCAGAGACUUCCAAGCCAAAGCUCGUGGUGUUAGCUAUGAGAAGAAGAGGAAGAGAGUCAAUAGACAGAAACCGCAAACGCAGCCGCCUCUACCACUUCAGCAACAACAGCAGCAGCAGCAGCCACAACAAGGUCAGUCUUUGAUGGCUAAUUACUCGGGUGCAACAGUAUGAUCAUAUUUAUAUAAUUUCCCCUUUUUACUAUAUGUUUUGUCUCUUAUUUGCUUUAUCUAAGUUUUUUAUGUAAUAUCUUCUUUUACAUUAUCCACUGAUGCUUUUGUUUCUGUACUAAUUGUUUUUGAAUAAGAUAAACUACGAUUAUUUACGCUGAA